AUGAGGAGCAGAGACAUCUCAAGGGAGCCCUCAUCAUCGUCCCCAUAUUCGAAAAAUCGAAUCUUUUUCAGCAUAUUUUUGGGAGUUUUAACAGGAUUGGUUUGUGCCCUCUUAUUUGCUUUGCUCCUGAGGUACUUUGUCAGACACAUUAAUCGAAACCCAGUCCUCAAAGUGGGCCCCGUCAUUUUUUCUCCAAGAAUUUCUCCAAGGACGCUCAAUUUAGCCCUCUGUAACGACCCCCAGUUGCUGGGCUCGAGUCAGAACGGAAAGUAUUAUAAGGCUGUGCUCGAAAAUGGCCUCAAUGUUGCUGUCAAGAGACUCGGCCCGUUUUUCUUCGCAUCUUCUGAAACCCACAGCAAGAGAAAAAUACUGCAGGAGCUCGGGAAGCUAGCAUGCCUGAGGCAUAGGAAUCUGAUGAGUUUGAGGGCUUAUGUGUUUGAAUCGGGAGUUUACUCUUUAGUUUAUGAUUAUGUGCCGAUGGGAAGUCUUGAGGAUGUGAUGAAAAGAGUGAGGGAAAAUCAGUUGGAGCUUAAGUGGGAAUUUCGGCUUAGGAUAGCAGUUGGGAUUAAUAAAGGGCUGAAUUAUCUGCACUUUUGUUGUGAUCCAAGAAGAUUACACUAUAACUUGAAGCCCUCGAAUGUUAUAUUGGACUCGGAGUUCGAGCCGAGGUUGGCUGACUGUGGAUUAGCUACGAUUUUUCCAGGCUUUGUUCGAGCAUCAUCGGACUUCAAUCCUCCGGAAUGUUUUCAGAACUCCAGGUACACUGAUAAAAGUGACAUUUAUAGCUUUGGGAUGAUAUUGGGCGUUCUAUUAACCGGAAGGGACCCGAACGACACAUCCUUUGGUAGCAUGGGAGAAUGGCUUAGGCAAAUGCAGCAAGAAGGUGAAGCUCGAGAAGCACUAGACAAGAAUAUCCUCGUUGGGCAGCAAGUCGAACAAGAUGAGAUGCUAAUGGCUUUAAGAAUUGCUGUUGUUUGCCUGUCGGAUUUACCUGCUGAUCGACCCUCUAGCGACGAGCUCCUUUCGAUGCUCACUCAAUUAAAUAGUUUCUGA